UGAACUUUUAGUUCAUUUUCGUCUUGCAGCUCCAGUUCAAACCGAGCUUAGCAGAUUCAAGCAAUAUUUUCUUCCAGCAGUGCUACCAGGAUACACAGGUGACCCUAAUGAAGUACGACCUGGUUAUAAGCUAAGAGCCUCACCUGUACACAUUACAUUCUCCACUGGGUAUGUACCUCCUGGCUUCUUCACUCGUUUAGCAACUACUGUGGUUACAAAUGACAAUGUUAAGCUCAAUUUUGAUAUUUAUAGUGUAUCACCUGUUGGUUUUUUUGGUCCAUUAGCUAUUUCCAUGAAGCUAUGUCCUAAAGUUGAGACAAAAAGCAUCUAUCGUAAUCGUGUUUGCUUCUCUUAUGGUCUUCCUUCUGAUGAUUUUGUUCUUACCGAUGUUAAUGAAGCUAUUCAAGUUAAUGUGUUUCGUUAUGUACCCGAGAGUAGUCAUCCUGUUCCUUUCAAAACAGUUUGUCAAGAAAUUUUAAAAUUGAUUAAGAAAUGCUGUCAGCAAGUAGAAGACACACUUUAUGGUUACCAUGAGCAUCAUAUUACUCAGUCAUCAUCAAGAGAUGUUCACUAUGUUUGUGAGUGCAAGUCUUCCAGUUCCAAUGAGGUUCAUUACAUUAAAGUUAAUGUUAAGAAGCAAACCUGCUCUGAUCCUGUUCAUUGUGACAAAGUUAGAAGUACUCGUUCCCUCACUCAAAGAGAAUCAAUGUGGUUUGAAGGAGACUUUAAAGAUAAACUGACCUUUUUAAAAUAUCUUUUUUCUGGAGUUUGUCUUUUUUCUUUGGUUAUUUCAUUGAUACUUAUUGAGUUUUUGUUCACUGGUCUAGUUAAUAUUAAUUCAACUACAGCAGAUAAAGCAAAUAUCUUGACAAUUAGUGACUUGCAAAAAGUAUUAGAUGUAUUGGAUGAUGGGUACUUUCCUAGUAACAAGUGGUUGAAUCUUGGAUUGUCCUUGGGCCUGCUGAAUCCAAAGUUAGAUACGAUUGAACACAAUUAUCCAAAGGACAGCGAAAGAUGCCUUCAAAAAUGUCUGACAUUAUGGUUGACAGAGGACAUUGAAGCAACAUGGAGCAAAUUAGCUGAUGCUGUUGAUAACACUGGAGAAAAAGCUGUUGCAGCUUAUAUAAGGUCAGUCAAAGUAAAGAGCAAAAAAGAACUGUAACAACUUCUGCAAAUUAUGUAGUACUCUGUAACAAUGCAUAUUAAUUUCAUACACAUACAAUUAAUAUUGUAGCACUUGAAUUACACAUGAUUAUUUGUGCUAUUUA